AUGGAGCAAAAGAGUCAAAUCACCAAGUUCCCAAGUCUAGAGCACCAAAAUCUACAUUUCUCGCUAAAGACCAAACCGGAGCAUCCGAAGUACGACCGCAUAUUCAUGCCUUCCCGACGUCCAAAAGUCAUGAUUCUUAUAUGGAAAGAUAGAUAUUUGAGUCGUGACCCGCGGCGAAGUGGAAAGAGGUCAUUUGGAUCACUCGUUGGACCGGAACUUAUUUUCUACCAAGACAUGUCCGACGAGCGCCUAAGUAGAGCCCAUGGAGACUUUGAUGGAUCAAGAGGCCCGAGCACCGCGCCCAAGGCCUUGGCUCAUCUUGACACUAGCAUAACUCAAUCCAGAAGCUUCCAUUGGCCUGAACGCGGCCCAUUCAAGAACUUGGAGAGCAAGCUCAAGCGGCUAAAGAGAAAUGGAAACUUUCCUCUUCUGCGCGCGCUCAACUUUGCCGACCUAGACCCGCUCUCUACCUAUAUAUACUUGCUUUUAGCCUCUUGUAAUAAGAAUCACCAGCCGCAUAACAAGAAACACUUAUUCAAUAAAGUUCGGAGCCACUUAGGUGGUCUCCUUCUUCUUUCUUUUCUUCUUUUGCAUUUGUACUUGGAGAUGAAUCACAACACCAACAUCCACUUUGGGAACCGGACACUGAUCCCACACGAUCUCCACGGCCGGAGUUACCAAGACCCAGCCGUAAGCAUCGUGCCACAUCCGUUCCCUCCCAACCGCGCUCAUCCGACGUUUGAAGGACCUAGCCGAGACGAGCAUCAUUACCAUCAUCAUCAAAACCGACCUCCGGUUUAUCAUCAACCACCUAGACCAGUGUUGCAUUCACACCACGACCAUGUUCUCAAUAGGCGGAGAGAUAGCCAUUUCGAUGCCGUGCUUGAGGGUUUCAUGGAGAGCCAAAGAAAACUAGCCGCGACAUUGAGACAAAGCUAG